CCACAAUAGAUCUGUGUAAGACCAUUCGUUGUAAAACAGACUGAUUCACUUCUGGAAUUAUCAAACUUAUUUAAAGUAAACUUUUUGACUUGUUCUUUUCAGUCCCAUUUACACCUUGUGUUAAUCUGUGUGAAAAUCCUGUGUUCCCUGGUCGAAUAAGUUUGUGUCCAUUAGCUGCAGAAGACUGUGUUCCGUUGUCGUCUUGACCCUACGUUAUGGUUGCUGCUGGUUUGAAACCGCAGCUUUGUCUCUGUGUGGAUUUUAAGUCUGGGGCCACUGUGUUUGAAGUGAGGGGGUGGGGGAGGAGAGGGAUGGACAGACAGUCAGGACUAAACUGUUGCUUUCUCUCACAGCUUCUCCCUCUCCCCUCUAAUCUCGUGAAACUGUCUCUUGGUGGACCCCAUACCUGGGGGAGGUGUGCUGUAGGUAUAGAGAACUGGGAGCUGACUGGAUGAGUUGGGGUUUGGGCGGAGAGGGGCCUUUGAGUGACAGGCCUGAAGGUAUUUAAAGUAGGUCCUGGCAGCCAUAGUUCCUUUUGCCAUGUGGACGGUGCAGGGGAAAACGAGAGUGACAGCGGCCAGUCCAGAACCUUCCAAAAUCGCUCUGCUCUCCUUGACCUCCUUGAACUGCUGCAGUCCAUGUGGUGAAGCUACUCCCAGAUUGCUGUUUGGCAAGGAGUUAAUAGGAUUUUCAUCCAGUGGUGAUCAGGUACUGAGGCACGUUUAUCAGCAAGAAUUCCAAACAAACAUCCCGUCAAGAUCUGAGAGUGACUCGAUUCAUCAGGAGUCGAAAACCAUUUAUAUUCAACGAUUGUCUGUUUUGUCUGAGAAAACCUUGCAAACGCACCGUUACUGGAAAUGCACUGAGGCACAUACACCCGAGUGAGUGUUCCAGUGAACUGACUGUGAAGAGAGCUCGACCCAGACAGCCUGAAUAACAUCACUACCAUUCACAGUGGGGAGAAACUAUCCUUGCCUCGUGUAUGGGUAAGGAGUCAGCUGAUCAACCAAAAUGGAGAGAUAUGAGUACAGCUGCAGCACAGAGAAACCAUGGAAAUGUGCAGACUGUGGGAAGGGAUUCAAACGCCCGUCCCUGCUGGAAACUCAUCGACGCAGUCAUACUGGGGAGAGGCCACACACGUGCUCAGUUUGUGGGAAGGGAUUCACUCGGGCAUCUGCCCUUCGGAUACAUGAACGCACUCACACUGGAGAGAGGCCAUUUAUCUGCCCUGAGUGUGGGAAGGGAUUCAGUGGCUCAUCCACCCUGUGGAGACACCAGCGAGUUCACACUGGGGAGAGGCCAUUCAUCUGCCCUGAGUGUGGGAUGGGAUUCACUCGGUCCGCCCACCUGCUGACACACCAGCGAGUUCACACUGGGGAGAGGCCAUUCAUCUGCCUCGAGUGUGGGAAGGGAUUCACUCAGUCAGCCCACCUGUUGACACACCAGCGAAUUCACACUGGAGAAAGGCCGUUCCCUUGCUCUGAGUGUGGCAAGGCAUUUUCUCAGUUAUCCCACCUUAAGACACACCAACUGGUUCACACUGAUGAAAGACCUUUCAAAUGUUCGCACUGUGAGAAGAAUUUUAAAAGCAGAUGUGAUGUGCUGAUACACCAACGCAUUCACACUGGGGAGAGGCCAUUCCCCUGCUCCGAGUGUGGGAAACGAUUUGUCCGUUCAAACAACCUUCUGAAACACCAGCAAAUACAUAUUGGUGAGAAGUUGUUACCUGCUCCCUCUGUGGGAAGAGAUUUAUUCAGUCAUCCCACCUACUGAGACACCAGUGAGUUCACAAGUGAUUUGUAGGGCAGGUAUCUUUUGCUGUUAUUUUUCUUGAUAAAACCUUGAUCUAUCCCCUGGAGGACCAGGAAGCAGAUGCAGUGGAAUGGGGAAAUAUGUGGUGCUUGUGAUGUGUCAUGAGGAGCCCAGCAGAGCUUGGCAUUGCAUUACUCUAAACACGAGUGAUAGCGAAAGAGAGAGACUGUGACUUUGGUUCAUCAUGUUUUAAUUCAUUCAUUCAAAGAGCAUCCCAUUGCAGACAGAGCUGGGCACACACAGACACAACACACGAUUUGUAGACACUCAAACACAACUAUAUAGAGAUACAAAGAGACACCAUGUCCCUCAGAAUGUGAACUGAAAGAACUGUAGAUGCUGUUAAUCCAGAACAAAAACAGAAGUUGCUGGAACUGUUCUGAGGAGGGGUCACCGGACCCGAAACGUUAACUCUGAUUUUUUUUUUUGUCUCCACAGAUGCUGCCAGACCUGCUGAGCUUUUCCAUCAACUUUUGUUUUUGUCCCUCAGAAUAUGGUCAGGGUUGAUCUGUUUAAUAAACUCAAGUUUAUUUAUGCAGUAGAUCUGUGUGACUACUGUUUGUUUGUUAAAUAGAUUGACUCAUUUGUAGAAUUAUCAAACUCAUUAGAGGUGAACUUGCUGACUUGUUCAUUUCAGUCCCACUUGCACCUUGUGUUGAUCUAUAUGAAAAUCUUGUUUCCCUUGUGGAAUAAACUUGUGUCCAUUGGUUGCAGAA